AUGAAUAAAAACAUAAAUCCAGUAGAAUCCGGUACUUUCUUUAAAAUGUCUGAUCACGUAAAGGAUUUCUCUGAUGUUGAUAAUAACAGUCCAUUGUCCUUAAUUAAAUAUUUGAAAAGAGUCAACAAGCAUCCAGCUACCGCCAACAUUACUAGAAAGACCAAGGAAGAAUUGACAUUGGGAGAAGGUGACAAGAUUAUUGACUUUGGUUGCGGAUAUGGAAAGGAUUUAAAGAGUUUCUUGAAUAGAGUUGGUCCAAACGGUGAGGUAACUGGUAUUGAUAACAGUACAGCAAUGAUUGACUAUGCCAAGAAGAAGUUUGGUGACCGUCCAACCGUCAAAUUACAUGUUUUCUCUGCUGAAAAAGUUGAUUUGCCAUCAAAUUAUUAUGAUGUUGCAAGAUGUGAAAGAUUAUUACAACAUGUUCCAAAUCCAGUUGCCGUUAUCGAUGAGAUGAUCAGAGUGACAAAGGAUGGAGGUAUGGUAGCCAUUUCCGAUACCGAUUGGACCAGCUCCAAGAUCUACUGUCCAGAGCGUCUGAGAGAUGUUACCGAUCGUAUUUUGAAUACCAAGUUCAACUGUCACCCGGGUGUUGCCAACGAGUUGUUCUCUUUGGUCAAUCCAAAGUUGAAGAAUACCAAGGUCAGAGGAUACAUGAUUCAAGCUACCUCGUGGGAGUUUGCCAAGGUAGUCACACUCGACCUGAGAGCAAAGCGUGCAUUGGAUCUCAAAGUCAUCACCCAAGAGGAAUACAACGACUGGGUCGAAACCAUGAAAGAUUUAGAUAGAAAAGGUCAAUUCUAUCAUAGCAUCGAUUACGUCUCUGUUUGUGGUGUCGUAAAGAAAACUCAAUCAAACUUAUAA